AUGUUGCUCCAGUCCGCUUUUUUUGCUUUCACACUCGCAAGCUCUGUCUUCGCCCAGGAUUUCAGCUUGGCCACCGUUAAAAAGGCGUUCGAGAAAGAUCUGGUCACCGGAAACUUGAGCAUGCCAUUCCACCCCAGAGUCCUACUAGAAGUUACCUUUCCUCAAACGACUGGCUGGUCUGUUACUGUUCAAGCCGGAAUUCAUCUUUCAAGGAAUGAAACUGCUGGCCCUCCCGUCUUCCGUGUCAUUGGGCCGGCUGGAAGAGGUCCUUUUGUUGUAGCCACGGUUGACCUCGACGCACCCACCCCUCAGACACGCAAUUUGUCACAAAUACGUCACUUCCUAGGAGGAAACUUUUUCAUCAAGCAUUCAAGGGACCACUUUCAGAAGGACCAUUUGCUAUUGACCAACACUACUCCAGCUCUCAGCGAAUUCCAACGACCUACGCCUCCCGCCAACUCAGAUCCACAUCGAUAUGUUUUCUUGUUAUUCAAACAGUCAAAGGCGUUCAAAACUCAAACCCUUGUCACGCCAGAAACCUCUAUCAUCAGUUUUAAUAUAAGCACCUUCGCAGAUGCGGUCGGACUUGGUCGACCCCUUGGAGGAACUUUCAUGUUCGUCGCACCUGAUCCCACUGAUCCCAUAAUAGAGUGA